CAGCUUUUAAAGACCACAAUAAAAAUUGAAAGAAAAUAAAGAAGUGAGAGAAACUGAAAAAAAGAGAGAAAAAGAGUGUGUGUCUGUGUGUUUUCUCUCUUGUGUCAGUUUCUGCUUAGCUUCUCAAAAUCUGUUGUCCCUUCAAAAUUCCUCUUCUGUUUUCUGCUUUUUUCCUAUCUUCAGCUCUUUUUGCUUAUUAUAAGCAUAAUUUACUUUAGUUGUGUUCAAACAAAAUUGUUCCCGUGAUUUCAGAGCUUUUUGCAGUGUAAUAUUUUCUGGUAUUGUCAGAAAAAAUGAAUGUGUGAUUAAUUAUUCUUGGAGAUUACAGAACUAGCACAAUUUCAAGAAUGGCCUGUUUUUAUUCACUAUUUGCAUUACUAUAGUUUACAUGCUCAAAAAAAGCUCAAAGCUGGAGUCUUUUGUAUCUCUUCUAAUGGCAAACUCCUUGUGCUUUUCUAUUCAUGCAGAUAUUCAAGACGGCAGUGGGUUUUGAGUGAUUUUUUAUUGCAUAGUAAAAGGAAAAUGACAUUAAAAUCAAAGAAAGGAUGGAAAUCAGUAGUGCCCCUCCGUUUGAAGACCAAAUCAUCAGCAAAUUUUUGUUUGCUCCCCAGAGUGAAGUCGGAUCGUUUUGGUCCUGGUGAGACACCAGUUUGUCUCAACGUGUAUGACUUGACACCUAUGAAUAACUAUGUCUAUUGGGCUGGCUUUGGUAUCUUCCAUUCUGGUGUGGAAGUUCAUGGUGUAGAAUACGCAUUUGGAGCUCAUGACUACCCGACCAGCGGUGUCUUUGAAGUUGAACCGCGGCAAUGUCCAGGAUUUAAGUUUAGGAAGUCGAUAUUUAUUGGGACCACAAAGUUGGAUCCCCCUCAAGUUAGAGAGUUUAUUGAACAUCAAGCUGCUGCCUAUAACGGUGACUCGUAUCACUUGAUUGUGAAGAACUGCAACCAUUUUUGCAAGGAUAUAUGCUACAAGCUGACAGGGAAAAAGAUUCCGAAAUGGGUGAAUCGACUUGCAAAAUUAGGUUCUGCAUUCAACUGCAUGUUACCUGAGGCUUUGAAAGUUGCUGCUGUCGAAGACGAACCUAAUGGCCCAGAAUACGUUAGUGAGAAAAGAAGGUUGAGAAGUACUUUCAGUUGUCUUUCUUCAAUUUCAACAAGACAGCAGAAGUUAUCUACAUCUUCGAUGUUUCUACAGUCACCCCUUAAAGGCUGCUUACCUUCUUGGGAGUUAAGAAAGUCUACGAAUCGAUCUCUAAAACAAAGGUAAACAUAAUGGAACCUUUUGUGAUCACAUUUCCCUUGGAAUAUCCUGAAGAAGAAAAUAUGUGAAGCUACACCAUGUAUUUUAAGAAAACAAAGAAAUGAUUGAGAUUAGCUUACUUUAAGAAGGUGUACUAUUUGUAUGUGGCAUUGCAGUGUAUUGUUUGAUCCCUUAUCUUUAGAGUAAUUUCUGUCUCGUUCAUCGAUUGA